AUGGCACGGCCAGGCUCUGGGGUGCUGGUGUCGGUCAACGGGCUGGGGUACCCCCCUCAGAACCUGGCCCGGGUGGUGGUGUGGGAGUGGCUGAAUGAACAUGGGCGCUGGCGGCCCUACAACGUGACAACUUGCCACCACAUAGAGAACGUACUGAAGGGGGAUACGCGGGGGACUGUGGUCCUUGGACAGGUGGAUGCCCAGCUUGCCCCUUACGUCAUAGACCUGCAGUCCAUGCACCAGUUCAGACAGGACACAGGCACCAUGAGGCCGGUCCACAGGAACUUCUAUGAGCCGUCGUCGGCCCCUGGGAAGGGUGUGGUGUGGGAAUGGGAGAACGACAGCGGCUCCUGGACGCCCUACGACAUGGAGAUCUGUGUGACCAUCCAGAACGCCUAUGAGAAGCAGCACCCCUGGCUGGACCUGACCUCUCUGGGCUUCUGCUACCUCAUUGACUUCAACAGCAUGGUCCAGACCAACCGGCAGAGCCAGAGGAAACGCCGCCUGCGCCGACGCAUGGACCUAGCCUACCCUCUCAUCAUGGGCUCCAUCCCCAAGUCCCAGUCUUGGCCCGUGGGAGCCAGCUCCGGCCAGCCCUGCUCCUGUCAGCAGUGCAUCCUGGUCAACAGCACGCGGGCUGCCUCCAACGCCAUCCUGGCCUCUCAGCACCGUAAGCUGUAUGGUGGGGCUACGGGGCCUUCGGGGGCUACAGGCACGCACACCUUCGCUGGAACCACCCUCUGGUCCCCCACAUCUAGUGCCGGGACCAAUAAUAUACAACAUAACAACAUAAGCGCAGGAGGAGGCCAAGCCAAAGCUGAACAGGUGCAGUCUCUCCUGUCUAGUGCCAACUUCCCAUGUUCCCCGGCGCUGCCGUCCCUUCCGCCUGCACAUGGCCACUCCCACGCCCACGCACACUCCCACAGUCACCAUGCCAUCAUCAAUGGGCAGAACAACUUGAACCGGCCGGGCACCCAGCGCAUUUCCAUGGGCACUGCCAGAGGAGCCAUCCCACCAGGGGUCCCUCCCCUUCCUGUUAAGAACCUUACUGUCUCUGGACCAGUUCACCCAGCAAUUGCAGGUAUGACAGGUAUCCUGAUGUGUGCGGCUGGCCUGCCUGUGUGUCUGACCAGGGCCCCUAAACCCAUUCUGCACCCGCCGCCCAUAAACAAGAGUGACAUGAAGCCUGUGCCUGGGGUCAACGGCAUCCGCCGCAAGACCAAGAAGAAGCACCUCAGGAGAGGGAAAAACCCAGAGGAUGUGGUGCGGAGAUACACAGAGAAAGUGAAAGUAGCCCCUGAUGAGGACUGCACCAUCUGCAGGGAGAGGCUGGUGAUGUCAUCAGGCUACGAGGGUGUCAAGGGCAUAAAGCCAGAGGUGGUGGGCAAACUUGGCAAGUGUGGGCAUAUGUACCAUCUGCUGUGCCUGGUUGCCAUGUACAACAAUGGCAACAAGGAUGGCAGUCUUCAGUGCCCCACUUGUAAGGCUAUCUAUGGGGAGAAGACAGGCACACAGCCCCCUGGGAAGAUGGAGUACCAUGUCAUCCCCCACUGCCUGCCCGGCUACCCAGAGUACAAGACCAUCCGCAUCGUCUAUGACAUUCCUGCUGGGCUACAGACCACAGAGCAUCCCAACCCAGGGAAGAAGUUCAGCGCUAGGGGGUUCCCCCGGCACUGCUACCUCCCAGACAAUAACAAAGGCAGGAGGGUCCUGAAGCUCCUGAUCAUGGCGUGGGACCGCCGCCUCAUCUUCACCAUCGGCACGUCCAGCACCACGGGAGAGUCAGACACAGUGGUGUGGAAUGAGAUCCACCACAAGACAGAGUUUGGCUCCAACCUGACGGGACACGGCUACCCAGACCCCAACUACCUGGACAACGUUCUGACAGAGCUGUCAGCCCAAGGGGUGGGACAGGACAACCUGAAGGACUGAGAGGGGGGGACAGAGAGGCCCCAGAGGACCACCUCCCAUAUCUAUAUCUGACAGGGUCUCUGAAUGAGGAGGCAACAUGCAGGCCAGAUAACCGUCUUUUGCUCCCCACACCCAAAACAGACCUACAGACCCUCAUGUUCUGUAUGUGGGCAAACUAAUAUAUAGCAAAUUACAUAAUAAUGACACGAUAACGUCAUGAUUGUGUUAUACUGUUAUUUGCAUUUACCUAAACAUAACUGUAAAACUUUUCCCACUGCUGUCUCUUUGUCCAUGCCUUGAGCAGGUGUGUUUUUGCCAAAAUUUCAACCUGAUAGGUUAAAGGAAUGUAAAGACAGGAUGUAAAACUGAUCUCAAUGUGUACUGGCUCUAUUGUGGGGUUUAGACAUUGAUGCACGUCAACAGUCAUUGAUUCCUCUGAGACAGGAUAUUGAACCUCCUCUUCUGUACUAACACCAUGGCGUUGGAGGAGAUGUCUGUUAAUGUUCACCACCGAACCAUAUGGCCCAGAGUUUUCAUUGAAUGUUGACCGCAUAACUGCGACUUUUGCUAAACAGUUGGCUAGGGCUCUGAAGGCUCUACAUGUCUGGCCACAUUUAUUCAACUUUUUUCAGAUGUGCAUUUUUGAAAGAAUAGGGAAGUUGUAGUUGGUGUUUGUGUGGAAAUCUUCAGGAGAAUUUUAAUAUGCACAAUUUACUUAUAUAAUUUGAAAAGCAUGGUUGCAAUUCCAGAUCAGAAUUGUAUUAGUCUAAUUCACACCAAAUCUACACAGUGCAACUUAUGACAUGCUGAUGUGGUUGCUAGUGAGAGUCUUUUAAAAGUGAGGCCUAUUGCUAGUUUUAGCUUGGUGGUUUUCCACACCAAAGCUGUCUGUAGAUCUGAGUGGACGGUCACGGCUAUGUGAUUCUCAGAAAGGAGACAGGGCAUCUCUGAUUGGCUACACAGGGCUGUUUCACAGCGCUUUGCGCCAUUGGCCAAUGAGUCUAUUGAAUGUUCAAAUGCACCACCUGACAGAGAGCCAGUCAGAGGAUCUGAGGACGCAGCCGUCUCACAGUAAAUGUCUAUUCUAAUGGCGUGCCAACCAGAGAGGAUGCCUCUGGAAGUAAAACCUGUAGGUUCAUACAUAAGCAUCUAACCGACCAGUUAGAUGUUUGUUAAAACGGUAUGCUCCUGUAAGUUAAGAACUGAGGCAGUAGAGCACACCUUGCUCCACUCCAAGGUUAACCUCAUUUGUUUUGUUGACACAUUGAUGAUGCUGACCUCUGUGAAUAAGCCUGCCUUAUUAUUCUCCCUGCGGAGGAGGUCCAGUUAUUGGCAUGAUCUAUCACACUCGCAGCACGUGUGUGUGCCUACUUGCGUGUGUGUUUGAGUGUGUGCUCUGGUGUUAAUAAGUUCUCUGGCCCUCUAGACCUUGAACACAGGAGCAGAACAUGCUUCUCAGGGAGUGAUGUCCUCCUCAGAGAAUGACUCUCCUCUUCCAGGAGAUCCAUCAUACAGUAGAGUAGGCAGAGCAGCCCUCACACACACACAUGCGCACACGCACACGCACACACAACCUGUGAUGUACAAGCCUGGUGUUCCUCUCUGCUCUGCGGUGCUGGGUUGGAUGCAUGAUGAGCCUCUGCUGUUCCCUGGUGCUGCAGCCAACAGACCCCCACCCCACCACCACCACCACUACCCAAUACUGUUUGAUCCCUCUGAAGGCACUGAUCCCUCUGAAGGCUCUGAUACUUAGGUCUGAUACUGCUGUAUGAUACUUAGGUCUGAUACAGCUGUAUGAUACUUAGGUCUGAUACUGCUGUAUGAUACUUAGGUCUGAUACAGCUGUAUGAUACUUAGGUCUGAUACUGCUGUAUGAUACUUAGGUCUGAUACAGCUGUAUGAUACUUAGGUCUGAUACUGCUGUAUGAUACUUAGGUCUGAUACAGCUGUAUGAUACUUAGGUCUGAUAAUGCUGUAUGAUACUUAGGUCUGAUACUGCUGUAUGAUACUUAGGUCUGAUACUGCUGUAUCCCCUUUCCUCAGCAGCUAGAUGAGCUCAUUCUACAGUAGGAUCUAUCAGAAUGUUGUUCUUUAAAGUACAGUAUGUGAAGCUGAUGAUGCACUGGGAAUUUCCACUCCCUUUGCUACCUCCUCCCUUCCAUCCCCACAGAUUCUAUGCCCAUAAGCUAAAGAGUUCUAAGGUUUUAGGGCUCGAUUCAACCCAUUGAUAUGUAAAAGCAAUGUCCCCGUGUUUGUGGAGACUGCUUUCACUGUAAACGCUGCAUUUGUCGGCUCAAUUGAGAAUUACUUUUACAUUUCAAUUGUGCCAUAGCACUGAACUUCCACGAUACAGAUUGAAUUGAGCCCUAAGUCUGAUGAUGAAAUCUUGUGAUGUUUCUUUUACCUAAAAUAACAGUUCUUCUUUAGGUUGCAUAAUUCUCUCCUUGAGUAGGAUCUGAUCAAUUUGAAUGAGUGGAGAUGUUGGUAUAAUCCAGAAGAGAUUCGUGUUGAGGUUUUUAUGGUGUGCCACCCAGUUCACAGGGUUUGAUCCUUUAAAUGCUUUUGAAUAUUUUGGACUGAAUCAUAGUCUUCCGUAGCACUUUGAGACAGCAGUUUUCUUUAAUUAAUCCUUUCAUUUUUGGAAGAUGUCUUUAAAUGUAUUGGCUACUAUAGCUGCUGUUUUUUAUUUUCAUGUUUAUAAACUUGUCUUGUAUUGCUUCAAAUAUAUAUACAGUAUAUAUCUAUACAUUUGCAGAUGUGAUCUACCUUUAAAUGUACAUGUAUGCUCAAUUUGAGUCAUAUGGUGUAAGUUUAAUUUAUUUUUAUACUCUUCUAUAUAAGAAAAUAAACAUUCACAUCUACCCGCCCACACACAGAAACAUAUAAAAUGAGUAGAUCAAAUCUGGCAUAUGUGAUUUGCCAGUAUGUCAGGGACUGUUGAAAUGUGUAUGCUAGCUUAUGAGCGUCUUAUACUGUAUUAGCAGUAGUCUUAGCGUUUGCUGCUGUUGUUAAUGUAGAUUCUGUGAAGUGGAGCCCCUGAGGGAUUCAGUAAGUACAGGAAGUCCCUGUUUAUUAUUUGUUGGGGGGAGUUUAGCAGCAUGACGUCGACCCUAUACCCCAGAUGGGUCAUUGACCAUAGAAUUCUAAUUCUAGUUCUGUUAUUUACCUUGUAUAACCUAAGAGAACCAAUAGGAGGAUACUGUCAGUACCUCAAACUGGUGAGAAUGAAAAACAAGAGGCAUUUUGUCUUUUCAUUUCUUCUUUAUCCUUUUGCAAGUUGACACAUUUUAAGUUUUUUGUCACCCUCGUAAUAGGGAAAAGCAGGAAAGAAUUGAUUUCAGUCUUAUCAGGGAAUUUUCCAUUUUAAGUGAGACUCAUUGAGUUGUACAGGGAAAAUGUUUUCAGUUAAUGUUUCAAUACCAGAUCAUGCUCAGAUUUCCAGUCUCCAAAUGCUUACAUAUGUACCUGUAAUAUUAAUCAAAUAUUUCAUUGUCUAGGCCUCCUCAGCUUUUCAGGUGUGUACAUACAGUCCGUAUACUUUCAGUGGUCUGUACAUGGGGAGCUUUAUUUUGAGCAUACAUUUUAUGGUCUAGUUUUGGACAGCGGAAUAGAGUUUAUGCAAUUAUAUAUGCGACCAAUUUGUACCUUAUGUGUAGCAGGAGGGAUCAGGAGGUGUUGGGGACAGGAGAAUGGAUGUUCAACAUACUGUAAGGCGUGUCCAUUUGUGACCAAAGGAGACAGUGAUCCAAAGGUAUGGCUCAAAUGCUCCAUAUAGGAGAACACAUAUAUUUUUUGAUGUAUUUUUUAAAAGAUUGAUUGUUUUCAAUUGAGCAAUCAUAGUGUGCAACAUUGUUAUAUUACAGUAAUUAAAGAAACAUUCCAUACGAUUCUCCAUAGCAUAUAUUGAUUAGGUGUGGGAUCCUUUCUCAUGAGGAGUUUACCUCACAAUCAUAUUGAAAACAUCCAAAGGCAUAUUGCACUUAUCUGUGUACACAGAUAUGCCUGCAACAAAUUGGUAUGUGUGUGUGUGUGUGUGUGUGUGUGUGUGUGUGUGUGUGUGUG